AAGAACCUGCGCCAUUAUUGCAACUGAACACAUAGAUCUCAAAUCCAAGAAGAAGGACUCAUAUCAUCAUCAUGUCGAAGGGAGAGGAAGCAGUGAAGGUUCUGGGUGUAUGGUACAGCCCGUUUGUGAUGAGGGUUCGCAUUUCUCUGAAUAUUAAGUCAGUCAAGUAUAAUUUCCUUGAAGAGAAUCUGGGAGACAAGAGCCAGCUUCUGCUUCAGUCCAAUCCUGUUCACAAGAAAGUCCCUGUCCUUAUCCAUGAAGAUAAGCCUGUUUGUGAGUCUCUCAUCAUUGUUGAGCACGUCGACCAAGUCUGGUCUUCUGCUCCUUCUAUUCUUCCCUCUCAUCCUCAUGAUCGUGCCAUUGCUCGUUUCUGGGCUGCCUAUAUUGACCACAAGUGGUACCCAGCCUUCAAAGGCAUUGCUGGAGCGAAGGGAGAGAAAGAGAUAAAGGUUCUGAUGCGGGAAGUGGAUGAAGGACUAGCUUUGCUAGAGGAUGCAUACAACAAUAUCAGCAAAGGCAAGCCCUUCUUCGGCGGCGACCGUAUUGGGUACCUUGAUAUUGCAUUUGGCUGCUUCUUGGGGUGGAUAAGGGUGACGGAGACGGUCACCGGCGCGGAGUUGAUCAGCGAGGCCAAGACGCCGGGCCUGGCGAAAUGGUCUAAAAAGUUUUGGGAAGAUGACGCGGUGAGACCUGUUAUGCCAGAGACUAGGGGUGUUCAAUUUGUCCCUUUAAAGGAUAGAGACUACAUUAUAGAGUUCAGAUACCGAUGGUUCCAUUACUGCAUGGAAAUUAGAAGAUGA